AUGCAUAUCUCAAACUUAAAGGCGCAUAGCCAUCCAUCCGCUGAGACCAAUCUCAUUUCGCCGACGUCGUCAUCAACAAAGGCAAUCAACGCGGACGUCAGUGGGGUGGUCGCCGAUCGCGGUCGCGCUGGAAUGGCGGUGUUCAAGCGUCUCAAAAAGAGCAAAGACAAGGGCGCCGCGCUGCCGGAGCCGGAGCCCGUCAAACAGCUCGACAAACGCAUCGGAAUGGACACCUAUCGCGAUUUUUUCACACUCAAAAACUAUUGGAAGGCCAUCGAUCGAAAGCGACAAGAUUCGGGCCAAUUUAUGCUAAGCAAUAAUCCGAAGACGGAUUAUCCGGCCAGCUUCAUCAUCAAUUACCGUAAUCCAAUUACGACAAUUAGACAGAUAUAG